AAGAGAGUAUUUCGCUGAUGUAAGGCGCUACCCUUACCAAUGAUAUUCAAUAUCACGUGACCACUCGACUACUUCCUUGUCUACCACAAUAUUUUACAAACACAAAGACAUGCUUGAGGAUUUUCCUUCAUUAAAGACGAUGAAAAUACCUGUAUGUUUCAUUAUCAUAGCAUUGCAAGCUUGUGAUGCAAACGUUAACAUUAUCGGAGGAGACACAUUAUAUUUCGAAAACGCCGAACAACUCUCCAUUACAUGUACCAACAAUGUGACCGCUAUCGUGGAGUAUAAAAAAGAUGGGUUCCCACUAACAGUAUGUGUACUGAGUAGCGGUUGUACUAUUAAAGAUGCUAUGUUUACUGUAUACGGAAAUGUAUCAUCAGGAGGACGGUACCUUUUGCAAUCUGUAAACAAUUUUACAACAGAUCUUUGCGGAGCAUACGAGUGUGAAGACGUCUCACACGGACCUACUGAUACUGUCAAUGUGUCUUAUAAAGAUUUCGAUAACAACACCUACAUUGCUGAAGAGAAGGCAGACGAGUUGUCAAUAACAACUGCAUGCGUUUUCCCCGCCGUCCUUGACGAUAUGGAGAUAACUUGGUACACCUAUCACAACGGAUAUUUGGAACUGAUGUCUGCUGCAGAUUUGGAUGCAUUUAACCGUGUUCCCACAAACAUAACGUGUCCUAAUGUUACCUGUGGUAUUUCGCAGGCACAUAGUUUUACUUUUGGGCUAGGGAACUUAAAUGGAUCGCAUUUAUCUGAAGCAUUUGUUGAGGUAAAAAUCGUUCACCCAAUGUUUAAAGAUAAACCGCUUAUCUGGAGGUCUUCAAAGCAGUAUCCAGUAGUGUCGGUGAAACAAGCACCAGAUGACUCAGGAUUAGAUGGGGUGAAAAGAGCUGUAAUUGGCGUUGUCGUUGGUGUUGUCGCUGUUGUUGUCGUUGGCCUCGUACUAGUGAUUAAAAAGAAGAUAUUGCAGAAAAGAAGACCUACCGAAACUGUACGCUUGUUUUCUGCGUUAAACGACGAGGGGAAGAGUCCCGACGAACAGUCUGAACAAGUUUCCGGUUCCAUACCUAAAUGAUGAUCGGAACAAGAUUUGAGGAUGCAGAUGAAACAAAGACAAAUUAGCUAUUCUAUUUUGAAACUUAAUUCCGUUGGUAUGGCGACACUAACAAGCUUCACCUCUUCAGCAUACCAAGUUGAACUACAUGUUUUGUUAGGCUUGAAUGUGUGCUUUAUUCAGUUGAUACAUUGGGUAACGAAAACAGGACGAUGUAACCCUUUUCUGCGACAUAAAAUUGUACUGGAAUAAUUGUGUGAUUUUGUAAUCAUAUAUUACACAUGCGUGUUUUCUGUUUCAUUUAUUAAAAAUACAUGCCCUCAAUACAUUUUUACACUUAUAGGAAACUCCCGGAUUCAGUGUGUUAAUUGAGUAUCAUAAGUGUGUUAAAUCAUGUUUAUUUGUCAGACGCAUUUUUUUUUAUAUGAAUGCAUUUAUGUUCCAAAUAAUAACAAUUUAAUUGAACAGUACAUGACCAAAUUAUACUGGUCGACAUUUACUGAGAGAACAUUUAAAAGGUCAAAUAUGUUUUAAAAAAAUGUUUCACCAUACGUUGGUAUUCUACUACCACUCAAAGUCAGAGAUAAGUCUGAUUCGCUUGAAGACGGGCCCUUUUCAGAUAAAGACUGAAAACCAACUUCGUUGUUGACAAAUAUUGAGGCAUGGCGGGUUUUAUACAGUUUAUCAGUUAAUUGAUGUGUGAACUUUCCGGGAAGUUCGUAUUACAAAGUGCAACGAUUUCAAAAGAUAUAAGACAGAUGCUAUAACAUCGAAUUUUUGUUUGAGCAGUUGUUUUCGUCUGUAAUGUUUGGUCAAGCAAAUGCUCAAAAAUGAAGCUCCAAGAAAACGAUAGAAAAACGGAAAUUUAUGUUUAUUUGCCCAAUAAGUUUUUUAAACAAAUGCAAACUUUUUAGUUUGAGUUGAUUUUUUCUCUCCUCAGUUUGCAGUGAAAAUAUCAAAUUGAUAUUUUCACUGUUGUUUUAUCAUUGAUUAAACUCAAUAUUUCACCGAAUUGCAAGAAAGAAAAUUUAUUUCAUACCUUGUUCUAUUUUAAAAACUUCUCCUCCUGACCUUAUUUAGACAUAAUAUCUGAGGCACAUUUGAAUUCAAGCGUGCUUGCUUAAGUUAUAGUAAAACGAUAAAGUCUAAAGGGAAAAGCCCAGUAGCAAAAUAACAACAACAAAUGACCUGUUUAAAGGAACAAGGGUAAGGCUUAUCAGGCACUGAACGAGAAACACACAACUAUAACAACGCAUACAGACCACACGUGAAUAUCAAUAGUGUUGUAAUUUAAUAUUUGGGUCACCGAAUUGGAACAAUCAGUGAAACAAGAGUUCAAUUUGUGUAUAGAUUACUAUAAAGAUAUGGUCCUUUUUUAAAGUUGACCAAGCUGGCGUUGUCAGAUCUUGACCAUUUAACACAUUCUACUGGUUUAUAUAGAUUCAUCUCUCAGCUCUCCAUGACAUUUACAUAGUAGAGGUUUGGAAUGAAAAAUUUUCUUUGUGUAUCAUAAACCCAUCAUAUGACCGCAAUGUGUUAACCUUUUGUCUUCCGUUGUAAUGUAAUUAUAUAAAAUACUUCAAGUUUAUUUCCAGUUGUAUCAUCUUGCAACUUGAGCAGUAUAUGUAUAUGCAUAUAAAUGUGUGUGUGUGUGUGUGUGCGUGUGUGUGUGUGUGUGUGUGUGUGUGUGUGUGUGUGUGUGUGAUACAGGAAAUGCAUAUAUAUAUCUAAAUAUAACCGGAAUCAUUACCUUUUAAUAUUAUACCUUCAAAUCGAUAAUAUUCUUGUUAUUGUUAUACACACUCUCACAAUAUUUACAUCAAACUUAUGAUUGAUUUAUUAAUCGAACUUAUGUUAUAAUUGUCACAUGCCAUAUCUUUUGUUACUUUACAUAUUGUUGUGACGAUGAGCUUUUUAUGCUUAAGUCGAAUAAAAUUUCUGUUCUGUUCUGUU